GAAGUGGCCAAUCAGCCGGUGUGAGGCGGUGCCCACUGUGUUCGCGUCCCUCGGGCAGCAGAGCCAUGGAGCCUGGGGCUGCUGAGCUUUAUGACCAGGCCCUGCUGGGCAUCCUGCAGCACGUGGGCAAUGUCCAGGACUUUCUGCGCGUGCUCUUCGGCUUUCUCUAUCGCAAGACCGACUUCUACCGCCUGCUGCGCCACCCUUCGGACCGCAUGGGCUUCCCGCCCGGGGCCGCACAGGCCCUGGUGUUGCAGGUCUUUAAAACAUUUGAUCACAUGGCCCGCCAGGAUGAUGAGAAAAGGAAGAAGGAACUGGAAGAGAAAAUCAGAAAAAAGGAAGAAGAGGCUAAGGUGGCAGCUGAGAAGGAAGCUGUGCCAGUCCCAGUGCAGGAGGUAGAGAUCGAUGCUACUGCAGAAUCGAGUGGGCCUCAGGAAGUGGAACAGGAGGAGCCCCCAGGCCCACAGGACCCUGAGCACAAAGUGACCCAUGGCUUGGAGGAGGCAGAAGCUCCAGGAACAGUUAGCAAUGCUGCUGAAGGCCCUAAAGACCCUCCUGUGCUCUCCAGGAUUCAGGAGCAGUUCCAGAAAAAUCCUGACAGUUACAACGGUGCCAUCCGUGAGAACUACACCUGGUCGCAAGACUAUACUGACCUGGAGGUCAGGGUGCCAGUGCCCAAGCAUGUGGUGAAGGGGAAGCAGGUCUCCGUGGCCCUUAGCAGUGGCUCCAUCCGAGUGGCCAUGUUGGAAGAGAACGGAGAGCGUGUCCUCAUGGAAGGGAAGCUCACUCACAAGAUCAACACAGAGAGUUCCCUCUGGAGCCUUGAGCCGGGCCGGUGUGUUUUGGUGAAUCUAAGCAAGGUUGGCGAGUACUGGUGGAAUGCCAUUCUGGAGGGAGAAGAACCCAUCGACAUUGACAAGAUCAACAAGGAGCGCUCCAUGGCCACUGUGGAUGAGGAGGAACAGGCAGUCCUGGACAGACUCACCUUUGACUACCACCAGAAACUGCAGGGCAAGCCCCAGAGCCACGAGCUGAAAGUCCACGAGAUGCUGAAGAAGGGGUGGGAUGCUGAAGGCUCUCCCUUCCGAGGCCAGCGAUUCGACCCGGCCAUGUUCAACAUCUCCCCAGGGGCUGUGCAGUUUUAAUGACCGGAAGUAAAGGAAACCCUCACCAUCGGGGAGAUGGAGAUGUUGUCCUCCUCACUCCCUGCAUGCCAGGGACACACUCCUCCUGAUCAGUCCUAGCCAUUUUUUUCUUUCAUAAUGAACCAGGCCUUCCAUGCUGACCUUCCACCUUCAGACUAUACUAGAGAAGGUGCAGGGCCAGCUGCUGCUUGGCAGUGUCUAUGACCAACACUAAAUGAAGGUGUUUGACAUGCAGGAGGGACAUGUCCCAGCCUACUGGUAGCACAUGUUCUGUCUCCACAGCAACCAGGCACUGCAGGCAGCAUUUCUUUUCUCCCCUGCUCUCUCUGCUUGCUGUUGUUUUGAUGCUAUUCUGCUUGCUUGUCUUCUGUUUGGGGAUAAGGAGUGACUGGGCUCAGACAGAGCUAAGUUGAUUGUAUGGGGCCAGGCACCUGCAUGAGGGCUAAUGGGGCACGGGGCAUGGUUGUGGGGCUACUUCUGGGCCUCUUCCCCCUUACUAUCCCCCACUUUCUGUGUGUGUGUCUCCUCCCCCCGUCCCUUUCUCUUUCUCUCCGUGUGUGUGUGUGUGUGUGUGUGUGUGUGUGUGUGUGUGUGUGUGUGUGAUGUGUGUUUUCCAUCUUGGUCAUUUCUUUGUGAAUACACUUGACCUGGCUCAGUUUUAUGGGUAGAGCAGCAGAAACUGGGGUCUGUUUGAGAUGUUGGGAGAAAGUCUGAGGUUCUGGUCUCUGACCCUGGUGUGGCAAGGAUCCUGUCUGCCCUCUGACUGCUGCUGCCUUGCUUCGAUUCUUGUUGAAGUGAACUGAGAUUAGCCACCACUAUUUGCUCCCCACAAGACCUCCUUGGGUAUGUUGCAUUGAAGUUUGGGUACCUUCAAGAAGAGAUCACAGCAUUUUGGAAGUUCAUUGGCAGAUCAUGUCAACUAUGCUCCCUAAGGAGCUCUGACCCUGAAGGAUGCCUCAGGAAGAAAAAUAUACCCACUAGCUUGAAGGCAACUAUAACUGAGUCCAAGGAAAUGAAGAUUUCCCUGUGCCUAUCACUAGACUGCUUCCUGGAGCUCAGAGCCCGUGUGGCCAGGCCAGCCAGUGUGUGAAUACCUGACCAAGGGACCAGGACCCAGGUAUUCCAACCCUUUAAGGACUCUCUCUGUGCCUGUUGGUGCCUGGCAUCUCCAUUUGCCUAGUUUUCAUAUGUGUGUGCGUGUGUGCACACCACAGCACUGAUUUCUGUACUCUGAUAACCAACCAUUAAAACUGCAAGAAUUAAGACCCACUGAAGCCAAGGCAGCCUGCUCUCUGGAAAUAGCCCUGCACUGAGUGCCAUGUUCACAUGCUUGGAAGAAGCCAUUGGAAGAGCAGAUUGUAGAACUUAUUCAACUGUAUAGACAGGAGCUGGUUCAUUGCAGUUAUUUAAGGGAUUUCUGGUUUACAUCUUAGAAGUCCAUACUGGGAGUUAAUCUGUGGGCCCAGGUUGACCACAAUGAUGGUCAAGGGACAAUGGUGAACUGCAAAUACCCACUCUGGAGUCUGAACUUGUGAUUGGACAUUGAUCACCAAGUAGAUUAAAUCUCUCUUAAGGUCACCAUCCAGGAGCAGAAUCUGUCACAUUCACAAGAUACCCAGAAUACUUAGCUAUUUGUUCCUGAAGUUUCCAUCAAGGUCCUAGGCUAUGCACAUCCCUGUCCCAUGCAAGCUGUCUCACCUAAUGAAGGAAGUCUUGUGGUGUGUAUGUAUCUGCAGUCUUCUCUCUAGUCCUAGUUACCGCCCUCUCAACCCUCAUCCUUUGGGUAGUCUUCCAGAAGGAGUAAUGCCGUGGAGGAGCCCUGCCUCUUUUUAUUUAGGACCGUGCUUUACUCUGUGACAACUCCUCUUCAUCAUUGUAGCAUGGUUUUCUUUUCUGUGUUGCAUUUUUUCUUUAUUUCUGCCCUGUUUCAACAAACAAGCCUGUGUAGAAAAAGUAGCUUGAGUGAUCUAUAGUGUCGGGUGUAGGCCGUGUGGCAGGAACCUGUGCUCUGUGUGAUCCCUUUGGCGUGGUGUAGUGCAUGGUGUGGUGGUGUCUACUGUAUCUACAUGUCUCCAUCAUAGUGAGACUCAAUCCCAGCCAGCCAAGUAGAUAGUUCUUUGCCCUGAGGUACUGCCCUGGUUCGCUCAGCCACUGAAGCUGGCACAUUGCCUGUUUUUUCUUUUUAAACACAACAGCCACAGUUUGGUCUCUAAGCCCCACCAUCUGAGGUCUGAGGAAAGCAGGGUGACUCUGUCCCCUUUGUCCAAAGACCCAAAGAGUGGGGUGUCCAGCCUGCAAAGUCGCUCUGGCUCCUCGGUGUUGGUUUGCAAUAAAUCUGUGUUUAAGCAGUU